CAAACGCAACUCUUGGUCAAAACAGUGUCUCGUUCAGUGCGUUGUGAUCAAAAUGGGAAUUCUAACACUUUUUAUUCUUCUCAUUCAACUGUCAGUGAUUAGCGCAUAUAUAAAAUUUACAAAUUUGCAGUGUGUUGUCAACGACAAACCCUUUGUAAAUUUCCGACAAUGCCAGCUUAAAGCUUUGUCCCGCAACACUGUCGCGCUUUCCUUACAUGCUCAGCUUUUCCAAGUGCCAAUAAAUAAUAUCACCGUUAAUCUGGAUGUUUAUAAAAGGGCGAAUGGCUAUCAUCCUUUCAUGUAUAAUACGACCGCGGACUUUUGUGGAUUUCUAAAAAAUAAAAAGCGUUUUCCUGUUGUCAAAUUGGUAAUGGAUAUCGUGGAGAACUAUUCGAACAUUAAUCACACUUGUCCAUAUGACCAUGACAUCAUUGUCAAGGAUAUGAUUUUGAAAACUGAACACUUGAAAUUACUUCCUGUGCCGACGGGUGAUUACCUGCUUAAAAUUUCCUUUGCGGCAUACAACGACUAUAAAGCAACAAUUAAGUUUUAUGUACAAAUCGCGGAGAAAUAGCCUUAAUUGAAAUGAUCUUCAAAUAAGAUUAAGCCCAUAUCACGAGAACUGUAUAAAGAUUAAUUUGAUU